AUGGCUAUUGAAAAGAAGCUGUCAACUGAUCGAAUUCAUUACCCAAUGACAGCUGUUCGAAUGAGAUCUUACUAUAUUGAAGCUGGUAGGAUGGAUUCACCAAAUAACAUUUUGUUCACUUCUCACACACCCAAACGUAUUGUGGUAGGCUUGACUCCAGCAUCUGCUUACAAUGGGAACAUUGGCCAAUCUCCGUUUAAUUUCAAACCAUUCAAGCUGCGUAACAUUUACCUAACACUGAAUAACCGCGUUAUGCCCUCUCGACCUUAUAACCUUGAUUGGACAUCAUCUUAUGCAACAGCCUAUGUGGAUAUGCUUGAAGGACUUGGAAUAGCUCACUCGGAUACUUCAAAUGGAAUCACUCCUGCAAUGUACAAGAAUGGCUUUACAUUUUUUGUUUUUGAUAUCUCACCAACUGUUCACUCUCCUGAUUUAUUUGACGUUAUUAGACAGGGUAAUGUUUCAUUAAAACUCGAGUUUAGUGAGCGUACCCCUGCUGAAGGCCUUUAUGUUAUUGUUUAUGCCGAGUAUGAUUCAAUCUUAUCUAUUGACCAAAACCGUACCCCAUACCUUGAUACAAGUUUGUAA